CCGGAUAUCCGGUUUUCAUCGUAAAGAGGAUGAUAAAACUUUUGUUAUUGGUCUGUUGACAACUGUUUGUCCAAUAAGAUUCAGUUUCAUAGUCAAAAUAUUUUCAUUCCUGACUAAAAAUUGGGACACAGAAGUGUGUCAAAGUGAAAAAUUAGAGACUUGGGACUUCUGCAAUUUCUUUUUUAUCUCUACAGAUCAAGUGAAUUCCAGUUCCACAAGUGAUAAAAGGGAUGGACGACCCCAGCAGUACCCUAGACGUAGAUGCAGAGGAUUUUAGUUCUGUGACACAAGUGUACAUGGACUAUGUAAACGAUGAUGACUGUAACAUUGAGAACUCCACUUGUUCUAAGAUUGAACCUCACUUUGGAAAUGACAACUCGAAUGAAGACUCCCAUCAGGGAAAGAAUGUGGAUGAUGACGAAAGUCGAUAUAUUCACAACACCAUAUCUGAUGAUAAAAUAGAGAUGAGCAUUUACCCUGGGAUGAGGGGUGUCCCUGCUAACUUUAACCCCUCACAUGCCACCAUCACUGUAGAAAGUUGUGACCCAAAAACAAAAGAAAAAGAGGUCAGAAGAUUUCAGUGUGAUUACAACGGCUGCACCAGGACUUACAGUACUGCCGGAAAUCUAAGAACUCAUCAAAAGACACACAAAGGUGAAUACACUUUUACCUGCGAGUCGCCAGGCUGUGGUAAGGCCUUUCUCACCUCCUACAGUCUGAAGAUCCAUGUACGAGUACACACAAAAGAGAAACCAUACGAAUGUGAGGUCAAAGGAUGUGCCAAAAACUUCAACACCUUGUACAGAUUACGUGCUCAUCAGAGAAUUCACACAGGGAACACUUUUGAUUGCAAUGAGGAUGGUUGUACUAAAUUCUUUACCACACUGAGUGAUUUACGGAAACACAUACGGACACAUACAGGGGAAAAACCUUAUCAAUGUGAUGAGAGUGGGUGUGGGAAGGCAUUCGCAGCUAGUCAUCAUUUAAAGACACAUCAAAGGACACACACAGGAGAGAAACCCUAUGCUUGUCAUGAAGAUGGGUGUUCUCGGGCAUUUUCCACCUCCUACAGUCUAAAAACACACAAAUCCAAACACGAGAAAUCACAGGGUGAACAGCAUUCAAAUGACACAACGGCCACAUUAUACAGUGAAGAUGGAAGGUUUCAAUACAAUAUAUCAGAAUCUGCUCAAUAUAGGACAGAGGGCAUUCUAGAUACCUUGGGGCUGUUUGAAAUGGGUGACCAAAGCCAGUCAAGCACAACAGACUAUGCAGACAGACCGGCCAUUACAGAGAUUGUAGACGAACUGAAGGACACAGACAACUGUAACAUGUGUGUCUAUAACAACACCCAUCAACCAGUCCCCACCAACACAGAGGUCAGUUACACCAAUCAGCAGCAGCAGCAAGUCUUUACCGAAGUCAAGAAAAGCAACCCCCAACAACCAGAAAAGGAUGUGGUCCAAUUAACCCCCGUUCCUGUCAUCCCGAUUAAUCUCCCAGUAGUCCAGGACAUCCCCUCUCUCCAGAACACUGCGCCAAAUCUCCAAUCUCUGGAGACUCAGCCAAUGUCGAUACCAGCCGUGCAGACCACUCCAAAGGGGGAUAGCUCACUGCAGACGGUCACUGCUCUCCCAGUGUUACAGAGCAGUGGUGACGUGAAUAACUCCUCCAUGUUUGUGGAACAUUAUCUGAUUACUAAGGUGAUCGAGAAGACUCCCUCGGGUCAGCAACUGAAAUCCGAAAGCACUCUUCAGCUCACGCCAAGUUUGCAGACACAACAAGUUUUUGACGGAUGCCCUUCAGUGAUAGACCUUUCUACAACAAGUGGUAGCAUCAACUUGAGUCCUCAAACUCAGCAGACUGGGCAGUUCAUACAUCCUAACCCAGUCAAUGCAAAUGUUCCAAUCAUGAAGGAAAACAAUCAAGAUUAUAUGAUUCUGAGCAAUCCUGACCCCAGCGUGAUGAUACCACCAGCAAAUACAGUGACUCAAGUUCAAACAGUACCCUCUCAGCAGGUUCAAAAUGGAACCAAUCAGAAUGAGGUUUGCAUCGAGUUAAUUCAGAAUGUAACCAAUCAGCAGGGAGUUUGCAAUGAGUUCCAAACCAAUAAUUCAAUGCAGCAGAAGAGCUCUGACAAGUUGAUCACUCCUGCAGAAUUUAAUGUUCGAAUGGAACAUAUUCCAGCAAUAAUUGCUGCAAAUCCGGACAAGAAAAUCACCAUUUUACCUUGCACUGAUGGAACACUGCAGCCGUCGAUUGUCAAAAUCUCCACCGACAAGGGCCACAUAGAACUGCCUUAUGGAAUGGAAGGAAAAUUUGUUCCUGUGGUCACUGCUGGAAAUUUUAUCUUGAACUCAAAUGAUUUGUCAACAUUACUUAAUUAAUUUGGACAAGCAAUUACCUCAUGAUAUUGCUUUAAUUGGUUUGUUUAGAAUCAGCUAUUUGUGUGAUAUUAAUUAUAUUAACUGUUGAUUUAUUUAAAAUGAGCUAUUGAAUUGUUAUGAAUUAUUGUCUAUUUCCUGUUACUUGUUUUCAGUUCUUGUAAGAAUUGUUUUAUAAUAAAGUGCUUUUCAUGGAAUGAUAAUAAAAUAAAAUUUACAUUUA